UCCAUCCUCGACAAGAUGCCUGCCCCCGGCGCCCUCAUCCUCCUCGCGGCCGUCUCCGCCUCCGGCUGCCUGGCGUCCCCGGCCCACCCCGAUGGAUUCGCCCUGGGCCGGGCCCCACUGGCUCCUCCCUAUGCCGUGGUUCUCAUUUCCUGCUCUGGCCUGCUGGCCUUCAUCUUCCUCCUCCUCACCUGUUUGUGCUGCAAACGGGGUGAUGUCGGCUUCAAGGAGUUUGAGAACCCAGAAGGGGAGGAUUGCUCCGGGGAGUACACUCCCCCUGCGGAGGAGACCUCUUCCUCACAGUCGCUGCCUGAUGUCUACAUUCUGCCGCUGGCCGAGGUCUCCCUGCCGAUGCCUGCGCCGCAGCCGUCACACUCAGACAUGACCACCCCCCUGGGCCUUAGCCGCCAGCACCUCAGCUACCUGCAGGAAAUUGGGAGUGGCUGGUUUGGGAAGGUGAUCCUGGGAGAGAUUUUCUCCGACUACACCCCAGCCCAGGUGGUGGUGAAGGAGCUCCGAGCCAGCGCAGGGCCCUUGGAGCAGCGCAAGUUCAUCUCAGAAGCACAGCCCUACAGGAGCCUGCAGCACCCCAACGUCCUCCAGUGCCUGGGCGUCUGCAUGGAGACACUGCCCUUUCUUCUGAUUAUGGAGUUCUGUCAACUGGGGGACCUGAAGCGCUACCUCCGGGCCCAGCGGCCCCCCGAGGGCCUGUCCCCUGAGCUGCCCCCUCGAGACCUGCGGACACUGCAGAGGAUGGGCCUGGAGAUCGCCCGCGGGCUGGCACAUCUCCACUCCCACAACUACGUGCACAGCGACCUGGCCCUGCGCAACUGCCUGCUGACCUCCGACCUCACCGUGCGCAUCGGAGACUACGGGCUGGCCCACAGCAACUACAAGGAGGACUACUACCUAACCCCCGAGCGCCUGUGGAUCCCGCUGCGCUGGGCAGCGCCUGAGCUCCUCGGGGAGUUGCACGGGACCUUCAUGGUGGUGGACCAGAGCCGCGAGAGCAACAUCUGGUCCCUAGGGGUGACCCUGUGGGAGCUGUUUGAGUUUGGGGCACAGCCCUACCGCCACCUGUCAGACGAGGAGGUCCUCGCCUUCGUGGUCCGUCAGCAGCACGUCAAGCUGGCCCGGCCGAGGCUCAAGCUGCCGUAUGCGGACUACUGGUACGACAUCCUGCAGUCCUGCUGGCGGCCACCUGCCCAGCGCCCCUCGGCCUCUGAUCUCCAGCUGCAGCUCACCUACCUGCUGUCUGAGCGGCCCCCGCGGCCCCCCCCGCCGCCACCCCCACCCCGAGAUGGUCCCUUCCCCUGGCCCUGGCCCCCGCAGCACAGCGCCCCCCGCCCGGGGACCCUCUCCUCUCCGUUCCCCCUUCUGGAUGGCUUCCCGGGGGCUGACCCUGACGAUGUGCUCACGGUCACCGAGAGUAGCCGUGGCCUCAACCUUGAGUGCCUGUGGGAGAAGGCGCGGCGGGGGGCAGGUCGGGGCGCGGGGGCACCCACCUGGCAGCCUGCGUCUGCGCCCCCGGCCCCCCACGCCAACCCCUCCAACCCUUUCUACGAGGCGCUGUCCACGCCCAGCGUGCUGCCGGUCAUCAGCGCCCGCAGCCCCUCCGUGAGCAGCGAAUACUACAUCCGCCUCGAGGAGCAUGGCUCCCCGCCAGAGCCCCUCUUCCCCAAUGACUGGGACCCCCUGGACCCAGGAGUGCCUGCCCCCCAGGCCCCCCAGGCCCCCUCCGAGGUCCCCCAGCUGGUGUCCGAGACCUGGGCCUCCCCCCUCUUCCCGGCGGCCCGGCCCUUCCCGGCCCAGCCCUCAGCCUCCGGGAGCUUCCUCCUGAGUGGCUGGGACCCCGAGGGCCGGGGCGCCGGGGAGACCCUGGCAGGAGACCCUGCCGAGGUGCUGGGGGAGCGGGGGGCCGCCCCGUGGGCCGAAGAGGAAGAGGAGGAGGAGGAGGGCAGCUCCCCCGGGGAAGACAGCAGCAGCCUUGGGGGGGGCCCCAGCCGCCGGGGCCCCCUACCCUGUCCCCUGUGCAGCCGCGAGGGGGCCUGCUCCUGCCUGCCCCUGGAGCGGGGGGACGCCGUCGCUGGCUGGGGGGGCCACCCUGCCCUUGGCUGCCCGCAUCCUCCAGAGGACGACUCGUCCCUGCGGGCAGAACGGGGCUCCCUGGCCGACCUGCCCCUGAACCCCCCCGCCUCGGCCCCCCCCGAGUUUCUGGACCCCCUCAUGGGGGCGGCGGCGCCCCAGUACCCCGGGCGGGGGCCACCUCCCGCUCCCCCCCCCCCGCCGCCACCUCCCCGGGCCCCCGCAGACCCGGCCGCGUCCCCCGACCCCCCCUCGGCCGUGGCCAGUCCCGGCUCAGGCCUGUCGUCUCCGGGCCCCAAGCCGGGGGACAGCGGCUACGAGACAGAGACCCCUUUUUCCCCCGAGGGAGCCUUCCCUGGCGGGGGGGCGGCAGAGGAGGAAGGGGUCCCUCGACCACGGGCUCCCCCCGAGCCCCCCGACCCGGGAGCGCCCCGGCCACCCCCAGACCCGGGUCCCCUCCUGCUCCCGGGGGCCCGGGAGACGCCGACCUUCGUAGUUCAAGUGAGCACCGAGCAGCUGCUGAAGUCCCUGCGGGAGGAUGUGACAAGGAACCUCCUGGGGGAGAAGGGGGCAGCCGCCCGCGCGACGGGGCCCAGGAAGGCAGGGAGAGGCCCCGGGAACCGAGAGAAAGCCCUGGGCCCGAGCAGGGACCCCACAGUCCUGGACAGCGGGAAGCAAGCCCCCGGCCCGAACGGGGGCCCGAGCCUCCCCGUGAACGGGGUGACAGGGCUGGAGAACGGGGGACAGAGAGCCCUGGGCGUCGCGGAGAAGGUGGCAGAGAAUGGGGGCCCGGGGUCCCCAGAGAGAGAAGAGCAAGUGCUGGAGAAUGGGGAGCUGCCACCACCAAGGAGGGAGGAGAAAGUGCUGGAGAAUGGGGGCCCGCGGUCCCCAGAGAGAGAAGAGCAAGUGCUGGAGAAUGGGGGACUGACACCUCCAAAGAUCAAGGCGGUGUCAGAGAAUGGGGGCCUGAGACUCCCCAGGAGCCCGGAGAGGCCGCCAGAGACUGGGCCUUGGAGAGCCCCCGGGCCCUGGGAGAAGAUGCCCGAGAGUGGGGCUCCAGUCCCCGUGAACGGGGAGCCAGCCCCAGAGACUUCGCUGGAGAGAGCCCUGGCACCCGGCGCAGGGGCCUCGGCCCUGAACGGCGGGGAGACAGCCCCUGGCCCCCUUGGCCCAGCCCCCAGGAGCGGGCUGCCGGAACCCGGGACCGAGAGGAGAGCCCCCGAGACUGGGGGGGCACCGAGAGCCCCCGGGGCUGGGAGGCUGGACCUCGGGAGUGGGGCCCGAGCCCCAGUGGGCAUGGGGAUGGCCCCCGGCGGCGGCCUCGGAAGCGGCGUGGACGCAAAGGCCGGAUGGGUCGACAGCACGAGACCACAGCCGCCUCCGCCGCUGCUGGAAGCACAGCGGAGGAGGCCGGAGCCAGUGCCCCAGAGAGCCAGGCCGGAGGCAGCCUCCGAGGGAGAGCCCGGGGCCCCAGACAGCAGAGCCGGCGGAGACACGGCACCCAGCGGAGACGGGGACCCCCCCAAGCCCGAGAGGAAGGGCCCCGAGAUGCCUCGACUGUUCUUGGACUUGGGACCCCCUCAGGGGAACAGCGAGCAGAUCAAAGCCAAGCUCUCGCGGCUCUCGCUGGCGCUGCCGCCGCUCACGCUCACGCCGUUCCCGGGGCCGGGCCCGCGGCGGCCCCCGUGGGAGGGCGCGGACGCCGGGGCGGCUGGCGGGGAGGCCGCCGGGGCGGGGGCGUCGGGGCCGUCGGAGGAGGACGGGGAGGACGAGGACGAGGACGAGGAGGAGGACGAGGAGGCGGCGUUGGCGGCGGCGGGCGCGGCGGCGGGGCCCCGGGGCCCCGGGAGAGCGCGGGCAGCCCCGGUGCCCGUCGUGGUGAGCAGCGCCGACGCGGACGCGGCCCGCCCGUUGCGGGGGCUGCUCAAGUCUCCACGCGGGGCCGACGAACCCGAGGACAGCGAGCUGGAGAGGAAGCGCAAGAUGGUCUCCUUCCACGGGGACGUGACCGUCUACCUCUUCGACCAGGAGACGCCAACCAACGAGCUGAGUGUCCAGGGCCCCCCCGAGGGGGACACGGACCCGUCAACGCCCCCAGCGCCCCCGACGCCUCCCCACCCCGCCACCCCCGGAGAUGGGUUUCCCAGCAACGACAGCGGCUUUGGAGGCAGUUUCGAGUGGGCGGAGGAUUUCCCCCUCCUCCCCCCGCCAGGCCCCCCCCUGUGCUUCUCCCGCUUCUCCGUCUCACCUGCGCUGGAGACCCCGGGGCCCCCCGCCCGGGCCCCCGACGCCCGGCCCGCAGGCCCCGUGGAGAACUGACUCCCCGAAGACCUGACCCCCCUGCACCCCCAGAAGAGGGGUUGAGAAUAGAAUCCUCUGUGGACGACGGAGCCACUGCCACCACCACAGACGCCGCCUCGGGGGAGGCCCCCGAGACUGGGCCCUCCCCCUCCCCCACCAUGUGCCAAACGGGAGGCCCAGGCCCCCCACCCCCCAGCCCCCCGGACGGCUCCCCUGAGCCCCCUGACCCCCUCGGUGCCAAAUGAGGCAGGAAGCCCCUCGCCCCUCCCUGGAGAGCUGCCUUUUUCGGGACUGAACUCUUUCGGGCCUGGAGCCCCUCUGCACAGCGGAGGCCCCUCCUCACUCCCUCCCAGCCCCAGACAGGGGCCGCAGGCUUCGGGGAACUGGACCCCCCCCCAUCUCGCGUCUCCCUUUCCCCACCCCGGCCCCUGGAGGGGCCUCUGGUUCAAACCUUCGCGUGGCAUUUUCACAUUAUUUAAAAAAGACAAAAACAACUUUUUGGAGGAACGUGGGGCAUGUGUAUGUUUCGGGAGGCGAGGAGGGGAGGCUGCAGGAAGCGGGUGCUGUCCAGGAGAUGUGGCCAUCCUCACAGCCCCAUUUGACAGAUGGAACAUCGAGGCUCAGAAAGGCAAAAACGCCUGUGUGGCGAUGCGACUCUCCCCAGCUUCUCCACUUCUCUGGAUCUCAUCUGCGUCUGGUGUCGGCAACACCGACUUCUGCUGCAGUCCCAACUUACAGUUCAAGAGGUGACGAGGAGCCGGCCAGGGUUGGGGAAGGCGGCAGGCUAUGGUCAGAGCCGAGUUUCUGCAAGGUGGCCGGUGGUGGUGGCCAGCUGUCCCGGGGCCAGGGCUGGUGAGGAAGGUGCUCAGAAAGGAGCUGCCAGGACCCACACUGGAUCGUGGCCACAUCACGCACACCUCAGAACGGCACUGACCUGUCCCUCGAGGGUCAGAAUCUAUCUGCCUGACCAUGGUGACUGUGCCUCGGUUUACCUGUUUCUCCAUGUGACCACCCACCUCCCUGGCA